AUAGGGAACACCUAUCAGCUUGUAGGUAACCAAACAAACUACGCCAUCGAUAUCAGAUUCAACCAGCGUCUCGAAAACUCGGAGGACUGGCGUGGAAGUUAUUCCGUAGGAAGCGUAAGCUCGACGGAGCUCGCCGAAACGGAGACAAUCCUCCAAAGAGUUGACAUCAUACACAAUCUUCCCAGCUGGAACAGCCAAGAUUGGGUAGACGACGCUCUCAGAUAUCUCAAGUGUUGGGGUUUUUCUGACAUCAUCGGAGAAUUGGAGUUGGCGAAUCUACAAGACAGAAUGUGUUGGCUGCUGGAGUCUUGG